GCUUGUUAUUCUGGGGCCUGUCCUGGCAGGCCACUUGCACAGUAUUUAAGCCUCCCCCCACAAUGAGAGACCACUGAGAAGAGACAGUGGAAACAUCCUUCCCUGACAGAUCAGCAGUCGUCCACCACACAGUUUACACUCUGAAAGGAAAACCAUGCAUCCAGUGUAAUGUCAGCCGAAGUUGCAUUACAGAAGUUCUCCUUUCCAUUUGCCUGCUCAUUAAAGCUUUCCUCACAAGACAAUGCGACACAGAAGGGAUCAUCACUGGCAAAGGACCCAGAACUUUCUAAACUUAAAGAGAAUCCCAGAUUAGUUGAGCAGAACCAUGUUAAAGUGGUGCAGGCACCUGUGGAAUAUAAAGACCAAGUCCCUGAGAGCACAAAAUCUCCUGAUGCGGGAGAUACGGUGGCUAUCCAGCUCUCUGUUAGUGCAGAAGCCUCCCGGAAUGCUGCGGUUGCCAGGCAGAGCAUAGCAGAGAACCUGAGAGUGGACGGCGAGGAUCAACGCCCAGCAGCAAAGAGGCAGCUGUCCUCAGAGAGUGCAGCAAAGUCCAUCACAGCUGUGAAAAAAAGUGCACUGAGGAAGGAGCCAAAUGAACAGAGACACCUGCAGCAGAAAUCCCAACUGGGACAGAGGGGACAGUUAAAAGCUGCUCUGCCAGGUCAAAGAAAGCGCAGGAAGGACCUCUUUAAAAGCUCCGAGGUCUUCCAUAGGCUGGACUCCAGUGUCAUCAAAGCAGGAGCAGAGCUGAAACAAAAGUGUGUGUAUGAUGUUAAGACAAUAGUACAAAGCAUCACACAGGGAACCAGAAAUGAGCUGGAGCAACUCCGUGCCAUCUGGGUGUGGCUGUGCAACAACAUUGAAUAUGAUGUGAGCGGGUAUCUUGGCCGCUCAGAAAAGCUGAGCUCCCCAGAGGAAGUGAUAGCUGCCGGUCGCGGUGUUUGCUGUAGCUACUCCAAUCUUUGUACAGAGAUGUGCAGAGAAGUGGGCAUAGAGUGCCAGGAAGUUACAGGCCACAGUAAGGGGAUUGGCUACCGUCAAGGUCAUAGCCUAAAGCAUGUGAAGUCGGAUCACUUGUGGAACGCUGUGCUUCUGGAGGGGGGGUGGUUCCUUCUGGAUGCCUGUUGGGGAGCUGGACAAGUGGAUAUGCAGCACGAAAGCUUUGUCAAAAGUUUUGAUGACUUCUAUUUCCUAACUGACCCGGAGGAAUUCAUCGAUUCACACUUUCCAGACGAGGAGAAAUGGCAGCUCCUGGACAAACCCAUCACCAUCGAGGAAUUUGAACGAAGGGUCUUCAAGACAUCUGCUUUCUUCAAGAUGGGGCUCAGGCUGAUAAGUCCUCUUCACUAUUAUAUAGUCACAGAUGAUGGGGAGGCAACUGUAUCCCUUGGAUUCUCCAGGCCAACAACUUUCACCUAUGAGAUAACGCAGCAUCAAGAUCUUCUUCACUGUGGGUCUGUGGAGCAGAAAGAGUCAAGCAAUUCCUCCUUUGGCCUUCUAACAGUCUCUAGUCGGAGGAUGAAGUUGCAGCUACUGCCACCUGAAAGUGACACCUAUGAUGUCAAAUUGUUUGCAAGGUCAGAAAACGCUACAACACCUCUGGUUUGGGUUUGCUCCUUCACUGUGAAGUGUCCAAACCCAAGAGCCACUGAGGACAUUCCAGAGAACCCCUUUCUGUCUUGGGGUCUACAGCCUGCUGCAGGAUCCUUGGGUGUCAUUGGCAGCUCCCAGAGCAGUGAGGUUGUUGAAGUGGAAGAUGGAGUUUUUGACCUGGUGUUGAAGACUUGUAGGCCUCUAAUGGUGUUAUGUGAACUUGUCCACCCGCAAAUGGAAGCUGCUGUAGCCAAGUGCUGCUUGGCAACUCAGAUUCAACCAGAGAGCCUCACCUGUCAUGUCUUGUGCCCGUUUCAUGGUUUCUACAGACUUUCAUUGUUUGUGCGGGACUAUGAGAAUACAGAGGUCAAGUUCCAGAAUGCUGCGAAUUACCUGUUACACUGCAAAGGAAAGGUUGUUGGAUUAGAAGAUUUGUUUCCUCCAAAUCUUGGCUCAGCAUGUGGGCCAGGAACCCGAACGGCUAAGGCAGGGUUAUCUAGGUUCAGCCACAAUUCUGCCAUGGUGAGUACACAGCAGGGCAAAUGCAACAUCACCUUCCACAACCAGCAGGACCUCGAACUUCAUUACGUACUCAGCAAAAAGAACAUAUGCUCAACUUUUCCAGUUUCACGUUAUGUAUUCUGCACCUACACAGACCACAAGGUGACUUUGAGUCUCAGUCUACCAGAGGCAGGUGUGUAUCGACUAGGACUGUAUGCACGGAUAACAUCCAGUGAAGAUUUCAGCCCAAUGUGUGAUUUUAUAGUGAGGAACCUCUCCAAUCAGGUAAUGCCUCCAUUCCCUUGUGUCUAUUCGGCCUGGGGGAAAGGCUGUGUGCUGUUUGAACCUCGUAUGGGAACGCUUGAGCCACUCUCAUGGACCCUAUUCAGAGUACGAGUCCCUGGAGCCCUACGGGUGAGUGUGGUGGGAGAGGACCGAACAGAUCUGAAACUGAACAAAAGCAGGGUGUGGGAGGGGAAGGUUUUCAGUGGGGAAGGUCUUCAGCAACUUAAACUAGCCGCCUCCUUGGAGGACUCUAGUGAGAUGUCUGUUCUGAUGAUAUUUGAUGUAAAACAGCUUCAGAAGGAGGAUAUUAUAAGGACUUAAUAGAAUUAAUUUGCAGUUCGAGGCACCCAGUAAUAUUGUCAGCUGUAGACUUUAAGGUUUAACUUA